GGGACGGACGGACGGGAGGACGGGUGGACAGGGGGCGCACAGACAGCUGAGUCCGGGGAUUGACGGACGGGCACGGACGGGCUGGCUCCGUGGCGGGGAGGGGGCCUAGCCGUGGGGGCGGGAGGGCGCGGCGGCAGGGAAGGGGUUAAGCGCCCCCCGCCCCGGGAGCUGUACAUGGACAGUGGGUGCGGCCCCGCCAGCCCCCGCCCCCUGGCCCGGGCGGCUCCGUCCGCUGCGCUGCCAGCCCCGAGCAGGGCGCAGGGAGCCGCGGGGGGACAGGGGCCGGCCGGGAGCUGGGAUGAGCCCGAUCCGGGGCAGGGGGCGCUGAGCCGGGCGCCCAUCCCCGUGGCUUUGGCGCGCGUGGCUGGAUGUGAGGGAGGGGGCGAGGGCUCUGCCGACCCACGCGCGGGGGGACCCCCCCUCUCCGCCGGGCUCGCGUCCGUCCCCACGCCCGUCCCCCCACCCCACCAGCGUCCGCGAUGUCCGCCGAGGUGCGACUGAAGCAGCUGGAGGCGCUGGCGCUGGACCGGAGCUUCCUGGGGCUGGAGACGCUGCUGGAUCUUCUGCUCUGCGUCUCCCACGAGCUGGGCGCCUCGCCCCUGGCCCACGAGAAAUACAUCGCGGAGUUCCUACGCUGGGCCGAGCCAGUGACCGCCCGGAUCAAGGAACUGCAGCUGCAGCGAGACGACUUUGAGAUCCUGAAGGUGAUCGGGCGCGGCGCAUUCAGCGAGGUGGCGGUGGUGAAGAUGAAGAGGACAUCACAGGUGUACGCCAUGAAGAUCAUGAACAAGUGGGACAUGCUGAAGCGGGGCGAGGUGUCCUGUUUCCGUGAGGAGCGGGACGUGCUGGUGAACGGAGACAAGCGCUGGAUCACCCAGCUGCACUUCGCCUUCCAGGACGAGAACUAUCUGUACCUGGUGAUGGAGUACUACGUGGGGGGUGACCUCCUGACGCUGCUGAGCAAAUUCGGGGACCGCAUCCCCCUGGACAUGGCCCGCUUUUACCUGGCCGAGAUGGUGAUGGCCAUCGACUCCAUCCACCGCCUGGGCUACGUGCACAGAGACAUCAAACCCGACAACAUCCUGCUCGACCGCUGCGGGCACAUCCGCCUGGGGGACUUCGGCUCCUGCCUCAAGCUCCGGGAGGACGGCACGAUCUGCUCGUCGGUGGCAGUGGGGACGCCCGAUUACCUGUCCCCCGAGAUCCUGCAGGCCGUGGAGGACGGGAGCCACUCGUACGGCACUGAGUGCGACUGGUGGUCCCUGGGCGUCUUCGCCUACGAGAUGUUCUUCGGGCACACGCCCUUCUUCGCCGACUCCAUCGUUGAGACCUACGGCAAGAUCAUCCACUUCAAGGAGCACUUUCGCUUCCCGCUCUCUGCGCCAGACGUGCCAGACGACGCCCGGGCCCUGAUCCAAGGGCUGCUCUGCCCCCGGGAGACGCGGCUGGGCCGGAACGGGGUGCGGGAUUUCCGGGAGCACCCCUUCUUCGCAGGCGUGGACUGGGAGGGGCUGCGGGCGUUCACCCCGCCCUUCGCCCCCGAGUUUGCCAACGCCACCGACACCUCCAACUUCGAUGUGGUGGACGACUGCCUGACGGACAUGGUGAGCGGGGGCGGGGAGACACUGUCAGACGUGCUGGAGAGCUCCCCGCUGGGCGUGCACCUGCCCUUCGUGGGCUUCUCCUACACCAGCACCAGCCUCAAACAGAAUGAGCCGGGGGACAGGGGCCGGGAAAUCGCCAUGGAGCUGGAGUGUGACCAGGGCCGCCCCCCGCAGGAGCAGCCCCCCAACCUGCCUCCCGGAGACCUGGCCUGCAAGGCGCCCGACGGGCAGAAGCUGGAUCUCGCCGCCUUCCUGGAGCUGCAGGCAGCCUUCGAGUCGGAGCUGCACACGCGAGAGGGGCUGCGCCAGGAGCUCAGCAUGGUCAAGGUGGCCAACCAGACCUUUGCCAGCCGCCUGCAGGAGGCCGAGAGCCGCAACCUGGAACUGGAAGCUCAGAUCAAGCGAUUGGAGGCACAAAUCGAGGGGAUGAAACCACCCGGGGAGGAAGCUGCUGUGGGGCGGCCCCCCGGCUGCGCUGCCCCCUGGCCGUGCCGCACGGAGCACCCUGCUGAUCAAGGCGGCACCAUGGCAGCGCGACUCUGUGAAUACCCGCUUGUGGUACCUCUGUACCGCCACUUGCUGCUCUUUUCUAGGGUACUUAGGCCCUGCAUCACCAAGGCGGGAUACCUGCUCCUUUGUACCGGCGGCUUUGGGCUGGCGGUGCCUGGCCAGGACCCGGGCGAGCCGUCCUGAGCGAGGCUGGGCGCUCGCCCCGCUGCCCCCGCCUGCCAUCCCUGUCUCCGCCUGGCCAGCACUGCGAGGGUGCCCGUCAGCCCUCCUCCCCAGGAGGCCUCACACCCCGGGCCCAGCCAGGACCAGAGCUGGGGACGCCUGGGUGACAGCACACCAAGCCCGCGGGCCCCUUCCCACCCGGAGCCAGACUGUGUGGCUCGGGCCCCUCCCGCCGUCAGGGGACCAUCUCUCCAGUCCCCUCCUGGGCCUGCCCUGGCCCUGGGCUGCUGGCUGGGUGCAUCUGUUCCUGCCCGCCAGUCCUCUGGCCUCCCCCUCAUGGACCCCUGCCAGCUCCCUCUGCUUGGGGCAGGCUGCGUCUGCCCUGCCCAGCCCCAGCGCCACUCCUUCCCACGUAGCCACCCCAUGGCCCCGUUUCGCAGCUGGGGAAACUGAGGCAGAGCGAGAGGAAGAGUGUCACGUAAGGACACACAGUGAGUCAGGGCAGAACUGACAAUUGAACCCAGGAGUCCUGGCUCCCAGCUCCUGCUUCUUUAUACUACUACACCCCACUCCCCUCCCAGAGCUGAGGAUAGAACCCAGGACUCCUGGCUCCCAGCCCCCUGCUGCUGUAACCACUACACCGCACUCCCCUCCCAGAGCUGGGGAUAGAACCCAGGAUCCUGGCUCCCAGCCCCCCCCCCCGUAACCACUACACCCCACUCCCUUCCCAGAGCUAGGGAUAGAACCCAGGAGUCCUGGCUCCCAGCACCCCCACCCCAACCACUAGCCCCCAGGUCGUUCUAAGAGGCAUGUCACUUUGGAAGUGGGCCCCAGUCCCUUUGGGGGGUGAAGUGAUAGUCACACCAGGAGGUGGUGUCAGGCUGGGCAGCUCUCUACACCUGCCCCCAGGAGCCUGGUGUUACCUAACACCCCCUGCCCUGGCACCCUGCCUUUCCAAAGGCCCCGCUCCCAGCUCCCUUUGCCCCGGUGAUCCUGGGUCCUUGGCACGGGCCUUGUCCCCACCCGCCCCACUCCAUGGGGAAAGGGGCCCAGCGGAGGGGCUGGCUGGGACCUGCAGAGAUGCAGCCAAGGGAGCCCACAGAUGCCCUUCCCUGCCCGAAGGGAGCCGCAAGGUGGCGACAGCUGGCGGGGGGCCUGCUGCCCAGGGUGCCCUGCUCCCUCCACAGCACCAGCCCCGGGCGUCAUUCAGCAGGGCUCCGGGCAGCACCAGGGACCCCCAGCGGGUGCCAGCCCCAGGCACUGGGGUGGCACCGCUGUUAAACGCUGAAUUUAUGCUGCUAAAAUCACCCAUCACCUGCUGUUCCACCUUCCGCCAUGGGCGGGCCCCAGUGACUCCCCCCGCAACACCCCCAGCUAGUAAUUUAUUUCUAGUGUUGGCAUCUCCCCUUCCCUGUUGACCCACCCCCAGCCCACCAGCUCCCCCACCUAACCACCCAUCUCCAUUGCACACCUGGGGCGGAGGCUCUUAGAGGGUGAAGCCCCUUUGCCCGGGGUGGGGGAGGAAUCCUGCAGUUUUGCACUUUGACCCUGUUAAUUUAUAGCCACCUGCUGCCCCCCCAUGUAUUUAUUGGCCCUCGGCGCCAGCCGGGCCCGGGGGUCGGAGGCAGAACAAGGGACCCGGCUUGGAGGCUUUGUCUGAACUGUGGAGAGGAAAUAAAAAAGCUGAAUUAG